AUGUCAACAAAAAGCUUCAUCGUCUAUCUGUUAUCAGGUUUCUGUUUCGCCGUUCUCUAUGCGCUUUUUCUCGUCCAUAAUCACCAAAACCCAUCUUUCUCCUUAUCAUCAUCAUCUUCAUCAUCAACCUCUAGCCGUUAUGGUUCUGGAACAGAUAAAAUUUGGCCUGAAUUGGAACCAAGUUGGAAACUUGUUUUGGCCACAGUGAUUGGUUUUUUUGGAUCAGCAUUUGGAACCGUUGGUGGUGUUGGUGGUGGUGGCAUUUUUGUUCCUAUGCUUAAUCUUAUUCUUGGUUUUGAUACCAAAUCUGCUGCUGCUCUAUCUAAAUGUAUGAUAAUGGCAGCAUCAGCAUCUUCAGUUUGGUAUAACUUGAGAGUGGCUCAUCCAACAAAAGAAGUGCCAAUAUUAGACUAUGAUUUGGCUCUUUUGUUUCAGCCAAUGCUUAUGCUUGGGAUUACUGUUGGUGUAACUCUCAGUGUUGUCUUCCCUUUUUGGCUUAUCACUAUCCUAAUAAUCAUUCUUUUCAUAGGAACUUCCUUAAGGUCAUUCCACAAAGGAAUUAAAAUGUGGAAGAUUGAGAGUUUUGUCAAGAACGAAAGUGUUAGGCGAACUGCUUUGGUUGAUUGUCAUGAAGAAUCUAAAACAGUUCAAAUUGACACACAAAAUGAGCCAUUGAUUCCUAAACAAGAGAAGACAACUAGACAAAUUCUUUGUAUGAACCUUAAGUGGAAAAGGAUUCUAGUGUUGUUGGUUGUGUGGCUUUCUUUCCUCUUAAUUCAAAUCAUCAAGAAUGAGGUAGAGGUCUGCGGUGUUUGGUAUUGGGUACUCUUCGGCUUGCAGUUUCCAGUUGCACUUUUGGUAUUUGGCUUUGAAGCUGUCAAGCUGUACAAAGAUCAUAAAAGCAGGAUGGGCACAGGGAGCAUAGAAUAUAUAUGUGAGGCCUCAAUAGAAUGGAGUGCUAGGUCCCUUGCAUUUUGUGCAAUAUGUGGGAUCAUAGGCGGAAUCGUUGGAGGCUUACUUGGUUCUGGAGGUGGAUUUAUUUUGGGUCCUCUUCUCCUUGAGAUCGGUGUCAUGCCCCAGAUUGCUAGCGCGACAGCAACAUUUGUGAUGAUGUUUUCAUCAUCUUUGUCUGUCUUUGAGUUCUACAUUCUCAAGAGAUUCCCAAUUCCAUAUGCAUUGUACCUCAUGGCAGUGUCUAUUUUGGCCGGCUUUUGGGGACAAUUCUUUGUAAGAAGAUUAGUUGCAUUCCUCGGAAGGGCAUCGGUCAUUGUAUUCAUCCUCUCGGUGGUUAUUUUUGCUAGUGCUCUAACCAUGGGUAUUGUUGGCAUUGAGAAGAGUAUUACAAUGAUGCAUAACCAUGAAUUUAUAGGAUUCUUAGGGUUUUGUAGCACUUAA